CAAGAAGUAACGAAUGGUGGCAAAAAUGUCAGCUUUCAGUUUCACAGACAAGUUUGUAUUUCCACCCGAUUUUGAUGCAUUGAGUGUACCAAAUUCGGAAAGUAAGGUUUGUGUAAUAUCUGUCAUUGGCAAGAGUGCGUACCAUACUAAUGCCUCCAAAGCAUCAGCACUCAAUCAUAUUUUGGACAGGGAUGUUUUCAAGUGUAUCCCAAAAGAAGUAGAUGAUACUAUUACUAAGGGAGAUGUGGAGUGUUUCUAUGAUGUAGAGAAUCAGGUCAUCUUUUUACAUCUAAGGUCUCUAAAUGAUGUUUACAGAGUUGCUUCUCUUUGUCAGAGACUGGUUUCAGAAAAAUCAUCAAAAGAUUUUUUCUUCCUGUGGCAGAAAGAAGAAUUUAGAAUAGCUAAAACACUCUUAUGGAUGUUUGGAGUUUCUCAUCUAUUAUUGUUAUCUCAUCCAGGAAGCACAUUCGAUGUUACUUUUGUGAGACUGUUUAGAACCCUAGACAGUAUUAGGCUUAAGUUACAGCACAGUGUUUCUGAUCAGCUCCAUGGACUGCCAAUCUCCAAAGACUGGUCCUACAAUGGAAGACCAUGUUCCCCCCGAGUACUGUUUAUCUUUGAGUCCUGCUGUUUUGAAUCCAGUACAGAGGACUCAGAAUCUGGAACUAAAGGGAGAUUAUUGAAAGGUUCCCCCAUCAAAAAAUUACAACAUGCCAUAGAAGACCAAAUCUACAGAAUACUGAGAAAAUCUAGAGUUAUUACAAAUAUCAGCAACAACUCACUAUUUGCUGUACCAGCCAAUCAGGAGUUUGUGUAUGUCCAUACUGAAAGGUCAGAGGUUACAGACCCAGUGGCAUACUAUCUGGAACAGCUGCGUUUGAAUAGCACAAUCGUCAAGGAUUCUGUUUUCUUACGAGAAACAGAUUCACCAAGGAGUCGUAGUUAUCAAAGUAAUAGAAAGGUCAAUCAGGGUAAUGGAUCGUCAGGGUCAAGGUCAUCAUCCACAACUGCACAUUCAAAAGGAGGCAACAGCUUCAAAGAGUUUCUAUGGCAACACAUUGAGAUGGCCUUAGGGAGGGGUUUUGAUGAUAAUGUUGGGAGAAAUCCAGUUCCUUCUUUAUUUGAGACAGUAACAGCACAGACCUGGUUUAUGGUGGCUGACAGGCUCUAUCAAUUCUAUUUUGGAGAUUCCAUUGAUGGAAAAGCCCAGGCUCAUUUAAAUACCCUUAAAUCACUACUGGAGACAGAUAUAAGAUUCUCUGAAAAUCGCUGUAAUAAAGUUCUACCCCUUGCUGAAGCUGCAUACCAAGAAAGUCUACCAACCCACUAUGUAACAAAUUUCCAUUUAUCAAAGUUAGCCCAGGCUCAGAGAGUAUUCCACCAAUUUGCCAGGGGACCAGCAUGUGACAAGUAUCUCAAACAACUGGAGCAGUCCUGUGAAAAGUUCUGGAGAAAUGGCCGACAGCUGUGUGAGGAAAUCAGUAUCUUGUCUAACCACUGUGUCAAUCCUCUGCACAGACUUCCAGAUGACCCAGAAACUGAUGAAAAUAGACAUCUACCCAUAAUGACUCACUCUAGUCAGCUGAAGACAAAAGCUGCUUGUAACUGUGGCAGAAAGCAAGCAGACAAAGAGGACCCAUUUGACCAUAAGUAUGCCAAUUUUGAUUUCUUUGAUGCCUUGGAAGCAUCUUGUUGUGGAGAGCUGGAGCAUAUAGACUUACCCAUAUUUAAACCCAGCACAUCUGAUGCCAAGGCCAGCCUGGUUAAGCGGGCUCCCAGUCGAGAAGAAAAGAAAGAAAGUGUAAUUCAAAAAGACACCCUCAAGCAUGAUAUAGUCACUGGGAUGGGUAGUCUUAGUCUGGCACUCAGUUUAGGUCAAUCUGGUGGAAGUGAAUUUCUCCCUCAUCAGGAUCAUCACAGUGGAAUAAGUACCACUGACCAUUACACAAGUCACCAGAGUGACCAGGAGGGUGGGACAGAUGAACAUGAGGAAGGGUCAGGUGGAGCACACAGUGUGGAUGUAGUGGAAGAAGAGGAUGAGGAUCAUCUGGAAGAUGCUGAACAGAGUCCUGAUAAAGAGGAAGGAAGUGGAAUAAGACAGGAAGUGGAUGAAUCUCAAAAGGAGGAAGAAGGGUCACCUAAACAGGAAGUGGAUAUCAUGCCCAGCUCACCCAAGCAGGAUCCAAGCUCCCAGAGGACGGAGCCAGAGAUAACAAUUAAUUCUCAAAAAGCAGAUUUAGAAUCAUCACAGAAAGAAGAAGUUCAAUUAGGAAAAUCCGUUCUUAAGAAAGUUGUAGAGCUCGACGAGGCAGGCACUAUGAGGCAGCAUUCCACCACAGAGUACCUGUAUGGAAUGAUUCACUCAGAUUCUCCCCCACAUCUCCUCCCAAUGUUUCCCUCCUGGAACAUUUGUUGUCUGGGAAAAUCCAGCAUGUAUAAUCAUAAUUCAGGAUUAGAUUUGCCAGGAUUUUUACAUGGAAGUAAUUUUCUAUUACCAUGGGAUAUUACGGUAAAGGCAGAAAAGGACAAGUGGCCAUCAAUAGGGGAAACAACGUCAAGGAAAGGAAAACAGAAAAAGAGCAAUAAAGAGGUUGGAGAAGUCAAUUUGAGGAUCUACCUAGGAGAUGAAUAUGAGUGUCCUCGAGGACACCGUUUUUUCUGUAGCGGUCCCGAGAAGGUCAUUAAGGUUUCCAGUUCCAGCACAGUCAAGGAUAAUGCCACCAAAUUAGUCAGCUUGGAUAUGCCAUUGUAUUGUCCAUGUCCUCAGUGCAGAAGCACAAAGGGAUAUGUAGCACAACUGAUGAGGGUGUAUGUAUCCACUCCAGAGGGACCAGUAAGAGUAACAGUUGACCCCAAUAUUCAGCCCUCAGCCCCGCCUUGUCCAGUCUUCACUAUGGGAACAGAAAACCCUGUAGAACUGCCUGCUGGAACUCUCUGGGUCGUAAGACUUCCACAUAUUUACAUGGGUGACCAUGGACCCUAUACCAUACCAACAGACUCCCAGCACAUGCAGUUCUGUCGAAUGCUGAAGGGAGUUUUCAGCUUCAGAGACCUGAACAAAAGUCCAUGAGUCAUUCGUCUUGAUUAGUGCUUGAUGGAUGUGUGCUGUAUGACUGUUUCAGGGUGCAAUAAAUGUGUGUACAAAUAA